AUGAGCAUCGGAGCCGCAGCCAAGCAGAGCACGAUUGCGGUCGUGGGUGGGUCGUACGUGGGGAUGCGACUUGCACAGGCGCUGUUGCCCGUGCUACCACCCUCGCAUCGCAUCGUCGUGGUGGAGGCCAACUCGCACUUCCACCACCUCUUCACUUUCCCGCGCUUUGCAGUGCUGCAUCGCGGUGGGGAGGAGAAGGCACUGGUGCCCUACACGCAUGCGCUUGACGGAGCCCAGAAUGCGGCCAUCGUUCAUGCCAAGGCGCUUUCCGUGCAUGCCGAUCCUACCAACCCCCAGCGGGGGUUGUUGAAGCUCGACCGCAACCACGAGGGCGCGGAUACGAUCGAGUUCGAUUACCUGGCCAUUGCAACGGGUACGCAGCUCAGGAGACCGUGGUCGCUGCCAUCGCAACACACAGAGCCCGCAAAGGCCAAGGCGGAAGCAGUACAGACCCUGCGCGAAUAUCAAGACGCCGUCAAGGCAGCGCAGAACAUCGUCAUCGUUGGAGGCGGCGCGGUCGGUGUGCAGGUUGCUUGCGACAUCGCAGAGCUCUACCCUGGCACCAAGAACGUUACGGUGCUGCAUAGUCGCACGCAGCUUAUGAACAAGUUCCACCCCGAUCUGCACGCUGUUGUAGCCGACCGAUUCGCCCAGCGCGGCGUCCACACCCACCUCGGCAGCCGCGUCGUCGUCCCGUCCUCUGGAUUCCCCAGCUUCAGCCAAGGCCAGACGUUCGAUGUGGAGCUGCAGAAUGGUGACAAGGUGAAGGCGGAUUUGGUGCUCAUGUGCACGGGUCAAACCCCCCGCUCGGAGCUGCUUGCAUCGUACGCCCCCGACGCAAUCACCAGCGAUGGAUUCAUCAACGUCCAGCCCACCAUGCAGGUCUCCACUACAGCGCCGCUUGCGCGCAGGAUGUUCGCUCUCGGAGAUGUGGCCAAUUCGGGCGCCAGCAAGACCGUACGUGCCGCAAGCGGCCAGAUCGACGUGAUCAAGAGCAACAUCCUCGCGCUCAUUCAGGGCAACACCCAACUGCAAACCUUCACCCCCGGUCCUUCGGGCAUCCAUUUGAGCUUGGGCCUGUACGAAAGCAUCAAGUUCGGCAACCCCGCCACAGAGACCGAAAAGCCCCGCAACCUCGGCAUCGAACGAGACCUCAAACUCGAUAUGGGCAUCGAAGGAACUUGGCAAAAGUGGAACGUCCCCAAGGGAACCCCCUGGCAUCUCUGA